CGUAGGUUUUGAAAGCAGCAACAUCAACAAAUCACUCUACUCCAUGCCCGCCAAACCAUCCAUGGCUUCUUUCACUUUAAACCCAUUGUUGUACUUGCUUCCCCUUCUAUUUCUCGACCCUUUCUUCAGCCAAGCCAAUCUCCACAACUCCAAAACCCUCCUCAGAUCCUCCCUUUUCUCCCAGCCACCAUCAACCAAUGAAACCAUCCCACCCACUCUCUUUUUCGAAGUCACCAAACCCAUCCAAGUCCCCCACUCCAAGCCCUGUUCCCUCACCCUUCUUCAACACGACUUCGGCUUCACUUAUGGUAAAUCCCCUGUUUUGGCUGACUAUAACUUCCCAUCUGAUUGCCCCUUUCAGGAAUUUUCCAAGAUUGUCCUGGAGUGGAAUGCCACUUGUAAAGGAAGACAAUUCGAUAGGAUCUUCGGGGUUUGGUUAUCUGGAGUGGAACUCCUCAGGAGCUGUACAGCUGAACCCAGAGCUACUGGUAUUUUCUGGACUGUCCAAAAGGAUAUCACCAGGUAUUCUUCCUUGCUUUUAUCCAACAAGACUCAAACUUUUACCGUUUAUUUGGGGAAUCUUGUCGAUAGAACUUAUACCGGUGUUUACCAUGUCAAUGUGACUCUUUAUUUUUACCCUGCUGUGGAAAAAAUGGAUCUUUUUAAGGAAAAGAGGAGGAAUUUAGGGUCUGGAAUUGAUUCUGAGGCUGAUCUGAUUAUACCCUUUUCGCGAGAUUUGCCAUUGAAUGAUGGUUUGUGGUAUGAGAUUCAGAAUGCCGGUGAUGUGAAAGUGAAGGAAUUCGAAAUUCCUCAGAAUGUAAAUCGAGCAGUACUGGAAGUGUAUGUGUCCUUUCAUGAGAAUGAUGAGUUUUGGUAUGGAAAUCUUCCGAAUGAGUACAUUGCUGCCAAUAAUCUUACGGGUUAUGCAGGGAAUGGACCUUUUAGGGAAGUCGUGGUUGGUUUGGAUGGUGAUGUUGUUGGUGCUAUUUGGCCUUUCACUGUGGUUUUCACCGGUGGAAUCAAUCCCCUCUUGUGGAGACCGAUUAGUGCCAUCGGUUCGUUCGAUCUCCCUAGUUACGAUAUCGAAAUCACCCCAUUUUUGGGGAAUCUAUUGGAUGGAAAACUCCAUAACCUAAGCUUUAGUGUUACAAAUGCCUUGAAUGUGUGGUAUAUUGAUGCCAAUUUGCAUCUAUGGUUAGAUAGUAAGAGCUCGAAGACCGAAGGGAAGGUUUUGCAGUAUGAAAUUGUUCCUCUCGGUGUGUCUUCUGUGUUAGACUUUAAAGGUUUAAAUGGAACGUUCGUUACGAAUACGACUAGGUUCAUAUCCUCGACGGGAUGGGUAACGUCCAGUUACGGGAAGGUCACAACCAAAGCCACUCAAGAUUUAAGUUAUGGUAACACCAUGGUGGUGAAUGAAAGUCUGCAGAUCAUAAAUCAGAUCACCCAUUUUAAUGAUAGUGUUAAUGUGAACAAUCCGGCUCCUAAUGCCAUAUCAAAGAAAUCUCUCAAGAGGUUUCUUUUCUACAUGUACUCCGACGAAAUUGAUCAAGGAAAUGGCACUUCGUUAUCUGUGGCUAAUGUCAGAUUGGGAUUUAACGAGAAGAAGUUCAACGACGCUGGUGCCGGUUCACCGAGCAGUUCACUCCAGAAUUUACAGAAUGGAAAGGGUGUUAUGGUGGUAAAGGACAACCUGGUUGUCCGUGGAGUGGCGAGUACCCAACAAUCAUAUAACUAUCGUGGUGGUAGAUUUUGCUAUUCUAGGAACGUUAGCAGCUCAAACUACACCAUUCUUUAUGAUGAAGUGAGGGACACAUGCAAUAAAAAAUCGAAAUCCGGUUUCGGAUUCGGUCUUAGCAGAUGGUGGCCUGUGCCUGCUCGAAGAGCUUUUCUAUCAUCUCAUGUAGUUGAUCCGAAUGGAAAUGAGUAAUUCAAGUUUUCUUUAAAUUAUCAAUUUGUAGAUGCUCGUGUAUCUUUGUUGGCUUUAUACAGUUGAAUGAACUUGUUUGUUUCUUU